GAGCCCAUUUCACAUAAGCCAGUGGUUCACGAUAUACUGUACGCUCAUUGGCCCAAAAACCCUCGAAUGAUCGGCUCGGAAGUUGUUCUAAAUGAGUGGGUGAAUGAGUCCAUGAAAAUAUUAGGCAAGACACGAGGAUGUAUGGUAGGAUGUUGGUAAUCAUCAAAAUGGGUCUGAACGAACGGGAUCAUAUAAAGUGAGCCGGUGUGCGAAUGUGACUGAAUCCCGGGGACAGUAGCCAAAAUCUGGAUCCUCUGUCAAAGUCGGUGGGUGACUGGUCCUUUAGUGUGCAGGUGGACCCAGGUCAGAGAAAAAGCAGUGAGGAUGGGCGGUGGAGGCCAUCUGACGGAGGCAGGAGAGUCAGGCAGCGGGCGAGCUGGUGGAGUCUACACCUGGGAGGAAGUGCAGAGCCACUGCAACAGGAAUGACCAGUGGCUCGUGAUCGAUCGAAAGGUUUACAACAUCACACAGUGGGCAAAAAGGCACCCAGGAGGCAGCCGGGUCAUCAGCCACUACGCAGGAGAGGAUGCCUCUGAGGCAUUCACUGCUUUUCAUCCCAACGUAAAAUAUGUACAAAAGUUUCUGAAGCCCCUGCUGAUUGGAGAGCUGGCUGCAACAGAGCCCAGCCAGGACCACGACAAAAACGCGACAAUCAUAAAAGAUUUCCACACUUUACGUGCAAAGGCAGAGAGUGAGGGUCUGUUUCAAGCCCGGCCUUUGUUCUUCUGCCUCCACCUGGGUCACAUCCUGCUGCUGGAGGCCCUCGCAUGGCUCAUCAUCUGGGUCUGGGGAACAAGCUGGACCCUGACAUUUCUGAGCUCCUUCAUACUGGCAACCGCUCAGUUGCAGGCUGGCUGGCUGCAGCACGACUUUGGCCACCUGUCUGUCUUUAAGAAGUCCAGCUGGAAUCACGUGUUGCACAAGUUUUCCAUUGGCCAUUUGAAGGGUGCGUCUGCGAACUGGUGGAAUCACCGACAUUUCCAGCAUCAUGCUAAACCCAACAUCUUCAGUAAGGAUCCUGAUGUCAACAUGUUGCACGUCUUCGUGGUUGGAGCCACUCAACCUGUGGAGUACGGCAUAAAAAAGAUCAAGUAUAUGCCCUAUCACUACCAACACCAGUACUUCUUUCUUGUUGGACCCCCGCUACUCAUUCCAGUUUACUUCCACCUGCAGAUCAUACAUGCCAUGAUUUCACGCCACGACUGGGUGGAUCUGGCUUGGUCUUUGUCGUACUACUUUCGCUACCUGUGCUGUUCUAUACCCAUGUUCGGCCUGUUCGGCUCAGUGGUGCUCAUCAUCUUUGUCAGGUUUUUGGAGAGUCACUGGUUCGUGUGGGUGACUCAGAUGAAUCAUCUGCCGAUGGACAUCGACCACGAUAAGCACAGGGACUGGCUCUCAAUGCAGUUAAAGGCCACCUGUAAUAUCAAGCAGUCCCUCUUCAACGACUGGUUCAGCGGGCACCUCAACUUUCAAAUCGAACAUCAUUUGUUUCCCACGAUGCCGCGCCAUAACUACCACCGGGUGGCACCGCUGGUCCGUGCUCUGUGUGAGAAACAUGGGAUUCCUUACAAUGUCAAAACAAUGUGGCAAGGCCUUGCUGAUGUUUUCAAGUCACUGAAGAACUCAGGUGACCUCUGGCUUGACGCGUAUCUCCAUAAAUGAGAUCUUUUUUCUCUACACUGUACCAACAGAAGUCUUUCUCUUCUACUGCAUCAUAAAUUGAUUGUAUCUGUUUGGUUUUUUACUCCAGUAGAUAGUACAGGAAUGAUCCUUUUAGUGUCGUUUUAGUCUCUUCAGAUUCUGUGUGCAAUUUUUGUGCUCACAAGAUUUCUCUGAAUUGCCUUACAGUGUCUUGAGCAACAGUGAUAUGGUGUUAUAGAUACAGUUGUGAAAAUUGAUUGUGAGGUAUUUAAAGUGAUGUUUUUUUCAUUAUCUAUCAUGCGAACAAUCAUGUUUUCACAAUAAAAAAAUGACAAAUCCUGUGUAAUUGAGGAUAGGUUAUCAUUGUACUUAAUUGAACUUCCUUCUUGACUUGCAACUUUUGUUCCAAUCUUAAAUUAUACAAUAAAAUAACUAUUGACUGUUUCUCCA